CUCCUCAUUUCCUCUGUGAUUCCAGAAUCAGCUGAACCACGUUGAGCAAGUGCCAGAGCGGCUAAAUGUAGUGUCAGGUUGCCGCUGGAAGAUACAUGUCGCUUGGGAGGUGCUGGUCACAAGUUGCCGUGUGAUCCGAGCGGAAAGGCCGACAGAAAGAGACAGAUAGAGAGAGAGAGAGAGAGACUGAAGGGUCUGACCGCGGCUUAAUGGUGGUGUCUAUAACAUUCUCCUUCUCUCUGGGCUGGAUUGGGGAAUUGACACUAUCACCUGGGAAAUAUCACCAUGACUGCCGCUGCCUGUGUUCUCGGUCUGAUUGGCCAGUGACAUCCAAUGACACUGGAGCAAGCUACACAACAGAUACCUGGUGGUUGUUAUGGGCAAGUCUGAAAGCCAAAUGGAUAUAGUCGAAAGGAACCCGCAAAAAACGAAGAAGUCGUGGAAGUCAUGGAGCUCUCUGGAGAUCGGUCUGACCACUAUCGUGGUUUUACUGAUGAUUGUAGUCAUCGCUUUAAUCGCUUUAUAUGCAACACGCAAGGAUAAAACAUGUACCACUCCAUCGUGUGUAUCAGCAGCUGCCCGUAUUGUGGCGAAUAUGGACCAAACUGCAGAUCCUUGCAAAAACUUUUAUCAGUAUGCCUGUGGAGGAUGGUUGAAGAAACAUGUCAUCCCUGAAACCAGCUCCCGAUAUAGUACUUUUGACAUUCUGAGAGAUGAAUUGGAAGUCAUCUUGAAAGAUGUCCUUGAGAAGCCAGACAAUGGAGAUCCUGAAGCGAUUAAGAAAGCAAAGACGCUGUAUAAAUCGUGCACAAAUCAAACUGCCAUUGAAAGCAAAGGUGGGACACCACUAAUUAGCAUGAUGACCGGUAUACUCGAUUGGCCAGUCGCAAUAGACAACUGGGACGAGAAUUACAGUAAAAAUUGGACACUUGAGACUGUCCUGUCAACAUUGACUGCCAGAUUUGGAAAGCGUGUCAUCAUAGACUUUUUUGUUGGGACAGAUGACAAGAACUCCAAUGUUUACAUAAUCCAUAUUGAUCAACCCCACCUAGGCUUGCCUUCCCGGGAUUACUUUGAAUGCACUGGUGCUUAUAAGGAGACAUGUCAAGCUUACUCGAUGUUUAUGAGAAAUGUGGCUACAUUAGUUCGUAAGGACAAAGGAUUAACUAUAAAUAGCACCCAAAUUGAAGAUGAUAUGAAUAUGGUUUUGGAGUUCGAGAAGGAGUUAGCUAAUGCAACAACCAAAUCUGUAGACAGAACUGAUCCUAAUCAACUCUACCACAAAAUGACUUUGCAAAAUAUGACCGAAAACUUCCCUAUCACAGUUGAUGCUAAGGAAUUCAGCUGGAAGAAUUUCACCAAUGAGAUUCUCUCUACUGUGAACCUGCAUGUGACAGAUAAUGAACCAAUUGUUGUUUAUGCACCAGAGUAUCUUGAGAAGCUGGCACCUAUUCUGAGUAAAUAUAAGCCGAGGGUCCUUCAAAACUACAUUAUAUGGAGGCAAGUGAUGGAUCUUGUGGGUAGUCUGAGCUCUGCCUACAAGGAGACAAGAGCAGCGUUCCGGAAGGCUCUUUAUGGAACAACAUCAGAGAGUGCAGUGUGGAGAAAGUGUGCAAACUAUGUCAACAACAACAUGGACAAGGCUGUGGGACGACUAUACGUAGACGAUGCUUUUGCUGGGGAGAGUAAAAAAAUGGUUGAAGAACUAAUCGAGCAGAUUCGUGAAGUUUUCGUACAGAAUUUGCAUGAGCUCAGCUGGAUGGACGAGCAGACCAAAAGGAAAGCAGAAGAAAAGGCUAGAGCUAUCAGACAGAGAAUCGGAUAUCCACCUGACAUCAAAGAUGAUGCCAAACUGAAUACUGAGUACAAAAUGUUGAAUUUCAGCAUCGACGAAUAUUUCACCAACAUUCUUAAUAAUAUGGAACUGGGACAAUGGAAGAAUCUAAAAAAACUCAGACAAAAGGUUAACAAAGAAGUGUGGAUUUCUGGAGCUGCAGUAGUAAAUGCCUUCUAUUCAUCCAGCAGAAACCAAAUCGUUUUCCCAGCUGGUAUUCUUCAACCACCUUUCUUUGAAAAAGGACAGCCGAGUGCAUUGAACUUUGGUGCUAUUGGCAUGGUCAUCGGCCAUGAAAUCACUCACGGAUUCGAUGACAAUGGUCGUAACUUUGACAAAGAAGGAAACCUCAUGGACUGGUGGACUAAACAAUCAGCCAAGAAUUUCAAAGCCCUCUCACAAUGCAUGAUUUACGAAUAUGGGAACUUUUCAUGGGAUCUGGCAGGUGGACAACACCUCAGUGGCAUUAAUACACUAGGAGAGAACAUUGCAGAUAAUGGAGGCAUCAGACAAGCCUACAAGGCUUACCAAUUACAUGUGAAGAAAAGUGGGAAGGAUAGCCUGCUCCCUGGGAUCGACCUGAAUGACAAUCAGCUAUUCUUCCUGAACUUCGCACAGGUGUGGUGUGGAAUAUACAGACCAGAAUAUGCUGUCAACUCCAUUAAGACUGAUGUGCAUAGCCCAGGCAAAUUCAGGGUUUUAGGAUCUCUCCAGAAUUUUGAACAAUUCAGUAAUGCUUUUCACUGUACAAAGAAUGAUUACAUGAAUCCUGAACAGAAAUGCCGCGUUUGGUAGCCAAACUGUUCCUGCUGUACUUAAUAUUGUCUAGAAUGUCUUCUUCCAGGAUUUGUAAGUGGAUGAUAUGCUGAGCUGGAAUGAAUUAAUUUGUAUUCUGUAAAAAGGAUAAAUUAAUGCCCUUUUGUUUUUGCUGAUAUCUCAUAUCAAUCAAAUUACUCUAAAACUGUUAAUGCCCAACAAAUCAUUUGCCAAAUGAAAUGAAUUGAUAAGUAUUGUGACUGCAUCAUAAGCCUUGGUUAUCAUAUGGUUUCAGUUGUAUGCAGUCCCAAUUGGAAAUGAAGAGACAUGCAUUCAAAAGCAAAAUGCUGCAGUUGCUGGAAAUCUGAAAUAAAAACAAAAAAAUG